AGGUGAUACUUGUUUUUUUGGAUAUUAGGGUACCUGUUCGGUUCUCGGUUCGGUUCCGGUUCUAGUUCGGUUAUUCGGAUAUAGAAAUAUAGGAACUAUUCGGAUAUUUUAGGAUUUUGGUGCAGUUUCGGUCUCAAAUAAUUCGGUUCGGUUCCGGUUUUUUUACCCAGGACUAGCUCGAUGUUUACAGUGCCAUGUUUGGACAGGGUACACUUAUGCGCCGAUUGAAGAAAACAUAUUCCCUCGCCUUAUAGUCAUUGUAUGUACAAGACUCUUUAUGUUUACAAAAAAAAAAAAAACUCUUCAUGUACAUGCAUCAGCUGUACAAAAGAGCUUUAAGUUUUAGUUCGAUAGGACUAUUAUAAUUUUACUAAUUUUCCUUUUCUCCUUAUAUAUGAGAUAUACAUUUUAGAUAACGUGAAAAUGUCAUUGGAUGAAUAUUCUAUUUUAUAAGAUCUGACUAAGAUGAGAUCAUAUGUUAAAAUAUUAAAAGGUUCAUAGUAUAUUAGGUCUACAGAUUUAUAGUACGAAAGUCAAAGGUCUUGUAUAGUAAUUCAUUUGUUUGCAAAAAAAUAAUUAUAUACUAAUUUAUUUUUCUACUAAAAUGUAUAGGUUUGAAUCUGACAUGUAAUAAAUAAAUAUGACUAAUAUUUCACAAGUGGACCUAUAUAAGGAGCUUCAAAUAUCUUGAAAUACUCCAGAAGAUCCAAUAAAAAAACAUUCUCAAGAUUUUACAGAUACCAUAGAAAUAAUUUAUCGAGGAAAACAAAACAUGGGUGUUUGGAGAUCUCCAUAUGCUUUCAUUGCAGUUUCUGUCAUAGUAAUGUUCCUUAUCAUAGGGUCAGAAGCAACGUCAGGGUUAAAUGAUGAAUGUCCAGGGGUAUGUCAUUCCGAUAUUGUACCAAACUGCGAUACACUCUGCAUUAGCUUAGGGUUUACUGGAGGCUUCUGUAAAGGAUUAACGUGUUGCUGCAAUCCCAAAUCCCCUAAAACCCUAAAUAUACUUCCUCCUUAAUUUUAUUGUUUGUUAAUCUUAAUUAUGAAAUAAAAACUAAUAAAGCUCAAAAGUUUGACUAA